AUGUGCGAACAAACAGCACCAGUACCUAAUCCAACACGAACUACAGUUACUGAAAUGAGAACAUCAUCGGAAUCAUCAACAAAUGAAUCACUAUCUUCCAAACCUUUUGUUGAAUCCAUAUCGAAAUCUGCAACAAGUAGUACGAAAACUGAAACAAAAACAACAGAGCUAACAGGUAUUAUCGAAGAUCGAAACCAAUUAACACCAUCUAAUCCAUUUCGUCAUACAUCUAAAAUGAAUUCUUCAGCCAAAAAAUAUGAAGCUGCUCAUCACACUAGUAUGUCGCAUACAGACAACAUAUUAGAAAUGCCAUCAAAGCUGCGCAAUACGAAGAAGGGCAAUUUUCAAUAUUCCCAUGCUGUACUUAGUGGAAUCAGAUCAAUAAUUCAAUCAAUAACGAAAUUUGGCGUUCACACUGUGGCUCAUAUGUCUGCCUGUGGGUUUCGAUAUACUGGUAAUGGCAAUGCAGCCUGUUGUAAGGAUUGCGGACUUGAAGUAUCCAAUUUGACAUCAGAUAUGAAUCCAUUUGCUAUUCAUUCUCAACGUCGACCUGAUUGUCCGUUUGUCUGUUCUAUAACGACAUCAUCAUCAGCGAAUAUACCAGCUCCUUCGUCUCCUCCUAAAACUACUAUACGAAAUCCAACGACAACCAGUGAACUUGAAAACCCUUUUAAACGUCAAAAAAUUGAACCAAUGGAUUCAGAAUCAAUGUAUACUACUCUACUCGAAACUGAUUUAAUGCAACAAGUGCGAAGUCGUUCAUUUUCACAUUGGUCACAUCGUAGUAUACCAUCCAGUGCGCAAAUGAUUGAAGCUGGAUUUUUUAAUUGCAAUGUGGGUGAUCGAGUCAUAUGCAUUUAUUGCAAUCUUAUUUCUCAACAAUGGACACCCCACACAGAUGAUCCAUGUGAUGUACAUAAAACACUUUCGCCUAAUUGUAUAUAUGUUAAGGCAAAAUUAAUACGUCCUGCAGCUUCAUCGAUCAAUGUCGGCGAUGGCAAGUCAACAGUAAAUGCGUCAGAUAUUGGUCCAUUACUAUCUAAUGAUAUCUUGAUGAGAACAUCAUGUAAUCCAGCUUAUUCAGAAAUACCAAAACGCCAUGCAUCCUAUGCGACAUGGCCAAUUGAAGAUUUGCCACCAGUAGAUGAUUUAGUUAGAGCAGGAUUCUUCUAUACAGGUGCAAAAAGUAUUGUGACCUGCUUUUAUUGCAAUGGGUCAUUACAAAACUGGGGUCCAAAUGAUAAUCCAAUGAUUGAACAUGCUCGUUGGUUUCCACAUUGUGCAUAUGCUCGACAGUUAUGUGGCGGUGAAUUAUAUCGUAAAAUUCAAGAAUCUAAACGAGCACAGCAAGAACGCGCAAGAGCCAAUGAAUCAAAAGAUCGAGCUGGCCCUAAUGAUGUACCAAAUACUAAUGCACCAUCACUACCAUCAACAACAAACAGGCGACAAUUAUUAAUACCAGAUGAAAGUACUUUAUCGAAACUUGUUGCUGCUCGAUUAGAUUUACCAAUUUCACAACGGUUAUUAGAUCAAAAUUUUAAAUUAUCUAUAAUAAAACGAUGCUGGGAAAAUCAAUUAAGAAUAAAACGUGAUGAUUUUGAAUCAGAGUGUGAUUUGUACAUUGCUUGCUUAGUUCUUCGAAAACAAACGGAGCAUAUAGAUGUUAUGAAGGAAAACAUAGUCAUACCAAGUGUCGAAAUGAAACAAAUUCGAGAACAAAAAGCUCGUAUACGCGAACAAACAUUCAUCGUAUCGAAAUCAAGUCGGUUUUCGGAGAACUCUGCUAGCGUCACAUGUAGAUCACCAUUGCAAUCAAGAACAAAUCAAUAUGUACGCUCUAAAUUUCCCACAUCAAAUUCAAUAGCGAAUAUUUGUAUACCCAAAAGGAAACAAAGUGAUGAAAGUGAUCGACAUAAAUCAGCACCAUCGAAUCCGUGCGUCUUAUGUCUGUCGCAAGAGAAAACAAUAGCUUUUAUACCAUGUGGACACGUAGGUACGUGCGUGCCAUGUAGUCAUUGUCUACGUUUAUGCCCCAUAUGUCAACGAAAAAUAGAAUCAAUAGUUCAAAUUCAUAUUUAA